CUCUAUACCUUGUUCAAACUCAGUUGCACAAGACCCUUCUUUCAUCCCUUCUAAUGGCUUCUACUUCUUCCACUCCUCCCAAUCAGUGGAAGCCAUGGGAUGUUUUUAUUAGUUUUAGAGGCGACGAUACGCGUUAUGGUAUUCUCUCCCAUCUCUCUAAAGCCUUGAAGGACAAACAAAUCAAGACUUUUACGGACGAAGAGCUUCAUAAAGGGGAAAUGAUAUCACCAGAGCUCUUGAAAAUAAUUCGAGAAUCAAGCGUCUCAAUAGUCAUUUUUUCUGAAAAUUAUGCAGAUUCUCCAUGGUGUUUGGAUGAGCUUGUUGAAAUACUUAAAUGCAAGGAAGAAUCAGGACAAAUAGUUCUACCAGUUUUUUACAAGGUAGAUCCAACUGACGUUCAAAAGCUUACGGGGAAUUUUGGGAAGGCAUUUGCUAUUGCUACGCAUGGAGAAAAAGGCAGUCCACAAAAGGUCGACAACUGGAAGCGUGCUAUGAUGGAAGUAAGCAACUUAUCAGGAUGGGAUUCACAGAAUAUCAAGGAUGAGGCCGAAUUAAUAGAGAAAAUCGUCAAUGAUGUGUUGAAAAAAUUUAGUGAUAUGUCUAAAAGUGAUGAUUCUUAUGAUCCCAAAUUGAUUGGAAUUAAAUCGCGUGUGGAAAAAGUGGAAUGCUUGUUAAAAGAUAAGCAAGUUGUAGGAAUUUUGGGGAUGGGAGGCGUUGGUAAAACAACUAUUGCACUAGAAGUAUUUCGUCGAAACAAAAAUCAAUUUAAUGGUCAUUACUUUGUUGAAAAUGUCAGGGAAACAAUGAUAAAGAAAUCAUCAAAGUCAGCACGAAAAAAAAUAAUUUGUGAAUUAUUAAGGGACAAACAUAUAGAUGAUUUGAAUGAUCAUGUUUGCAAAAGGCUCAAGAGUAUGAAGGUAUUGAUUGUUUUUGAUGAUAUAGAGGAUCGAAACCAUUUAAAAGAUUUAGCAGGAGAGUGUCAUUUGUAUGGUGAGGGAAGUAGAAUCAUCAUAACUAGUAGAAAUUCACUUGGUUUAUCAAAAGAAGGCAUAUAUGAGGUUGAGAAGUUAAUUGAUUCUCAAGGUCUGGAACUCUUUAGCUUACAUGCCUUCGAGCAAAAUCGUCCCAAGGAAGAAUAUAAGGAGCUAUCAAAGAAGGCGACAAUCUAUGCUGGAGGCAAUCCACUAGCUCUUAAAGUUUUGGGAUCUCAUUUAUUUCAUAGGACGAUAGAAGAAUGGGAAAGCGAAUUGGAAAAAUUGAAAGGCAAAUCUCUUAAAAAAAUUGAAGAUGUUUUGAAAAGAAGUUAUGAUGGGCUAGAAAAGAAUGAACAGGAAAUAUUUCUUGAUAUUGCAUGUUUCUUCAAAGGUGCACAUAAAGAUUAUGUUGAGAGAAAAUUAAAAGCAUUUGGUUUCUAUCCAGAAAGUGGAAUACCUCGUCUAAGUGAGAAGUCUCUGAUAACUAUUUCAAACAAUAGGGUAGAUAUGCAUGACUUGCUAGAGCAAAUGGGCAAGAAUAUUGUUAAUGACGAAUGCAAACAGCCUGGCGGACGCAGCAGGUUGUGGAAUUAUGAAGAUAUUAGUUAUGUAUUGACAACAGAGACGGGAACCGAAAAUGUUGAGGCCAUAUCAUUUCGUCGGGUUCGGAAGCCUUUGAAGCUAAGUGCCACGGCCUUUGCGAAGAUGAUUCUGAACCUGUCUAGUAUUGCCCCAAAUCUCGAGUUUUUAUAUUUGAAAGAUUGUUUGAGUUUGGUUGAAAUUCCCUCUCUUCAAAAUCUGAGCAAGCUUACUGAACUUGAUCUAACUGGACCCAAUAAAAUCAAAGAUUGUCCAGAGAUUCCGUGUAAUAUAAGGAUUCUAAAUUUAGAUUUCACUGGAAUAGAACAACUGCCCUCAUCAAUUAAGCAUCUGUCUCAACUUGUCACGUUGUCCUCGAAUUAUUGUAAAGAACUCGUGAGUCUUCCAAGCAGCAUUGGCAAUUUGAAACGUCUUGAAGAACUUGAUCUAGCUGAAUGUUCAAGACUCGUGACUAUUCCAAGCAGCAUAGGCGAGUUGAAAUGUCUUGAAAAGUUAUUUCUCCCGAAUUGCUCAAAUUUAGCAAGUCUUCCUGAAAGCAUCAAACAACUUUCGAAGUUGAAACUGCUUGAUUUAGAAAGUUGCGAGAGACUUAAAAGUUUACCAGGGCUUCCAUCAUGCUUAGAAUUAUUACAUGCAAUUAAUUGCCACUCUCUGGAAUCUGCAUCAAUUUCUUUCAAUUUCUUAGAACAUGAAGAUGAAAAUGAAGAAGCAUAUAAAAGUGAAUCUGAAGAUUGCAAAUUUCUUGAUUUUUGUAAUUGCGUCAAAUUGAAUAAGAAAGUAAUGGAGGAUGUUUUUGAAGCGCACAAGUUGGGUCAGAAAGUUACAUUAUUGAUGGCAGGAGGUGAAGUGCCAGAAAGGAUGAGGUAUAAGAAUAAAGGAUCCUCGCUUUCCUUCAAACUUGACCUUCGUCACGUAAUUGCCUUCUCUUUCUGCGUUGUUCUUCGUCCCUAUGGUGAAGUUGAUUUUCCUGGAUUUGAAGUGGAUUUCACAUGUGAAUCUGGAAAUAGGCGGGAACGUAAUGCGUUCAACUUAUUUAGCGAUAAGGACGUUGCGAAUUGGAAUGGUUAUUAUGGAGGUCCGUAUCCGUAUCUUUCGGACUUAUCACACGUGUUGCUUUCAUUCAAUGGAUUGAGGACACGUUUUGAUGAAGAGUGUUUCGUUGAGGCCUCAUUUUGCUUCAACACUGACUAUUACAUGGAUCGGCCGGAAAUUAUGGAGUGUGGGGUCCAUCCUAUAUAUAGUAGAGAUAAAAGAAUAAAUAAUGAGGAGGAAGCUUCUUCUUCUUCUUCACUCGAUCUAAAUCUCUCUCUAUCUCUUCCUGCUUCCUCUUAA